CAAUGGCUGAUGAUGCUGGAAUGAGCCUCCGAGAUAGAUCACAAGAUAAUACUAGAUCAGGGUUUGAGAAAAGGGAAAAGAGAAGACGAAUAAGAAAACUCCAAGAUGCCAUUUCUCAAAACCAGGUUAAUGUUGUACAACAGAUGAUGGAGGAAGAUUUUGAUGUGGAUUUCCAGUAUCGUGGUCAGACAGCUUUACAGUUAGCUGUAAAAGAAGGUUUACAUGACAUGUGUGUGCCUCUAAUUAGGAAAGGGGCCGAUGUGAACAAAAUAGACUCAGACAUGAACAGCCUCCUCAACAUAGCUUGUUGGCGAGGAUUUGAUGACGUAGCAGAAUUAUUGAUACAGAAUAAAGCAGAUGUUGACUCUCAGAAUGACCUUGGUUGUACACCACUGAAUACAUGUGCCUACAAAGGUCAUGCCUGUAUCUGCAACCUUCUGUUAAAAGCCAGGGCUGAUUCUAACAUACAAAACUCUCAUGGUCAAACUCCACUCCACACAGCAGCUAAGCAGAGACAUGUGGAAAUAGUGGACUUAUUGAAGAGCUCCACUUGUAACAUGAAUCCUGGAGAUGAAAACAGGAAAACACCUUUGAUAUGGGCAGCAGACCUUGGGUUUUCAGAUGUAGUCGAAUCUCUGCUCGGAGGAGGUGCAGACCCAGACAAGCAAGACAACUUAGGAAGAACAGCUCUCUAUUGUGCUGCAUCACAAGGACAUAUAGAAGUUACACAGAAACUCAUUAAAACAAAGGCCAAUUUGAACCUUCAAACUACUAAAGGAUGUACACCCUUGCUUGAUGCUAUAGGAAGUUCUUCUUCAGGGUCUCUUGACAUAGCCAAGCUUCUCAUCACUUCAGGGUGUGAUGUGAACUUAGCAGACCGCCAAAAACUGGCUCCUAUACAUGCUGCUGUCCGUCAGGUUUCUGAAAUGUUUGGUUCUCCAACUGAGAAUGCAUUGGCACUUGUGAGGAUUCUUGUUUCUGGGAAGUGUGAUGUGAACCAGCCAGAUAGUGAAGGAUGGACGCCUCUGUAUCAGGCAGCUUUAGCUGGUAACCAAGAAAUAACCAAGAUAUUACUGGAAGGUCACGCUGAUGUGACUCUACAAACAAAAACUGGAAACACAGUCCUGCAUGCCGGAGCAAUGGGAAAUAAUCUGAAAGUAGUCAGCACAUUAUUGUCAACAGGCUGUGACGUGAAUAAAACCAACUCCAAUGGUGAGCAUGCCUUGUUUGCAGCAAUUAUCUGCCGAAGCGACAUCCAGAUCGUAAAAGCCCUUAUAAAUUCUGGAAGCGACAUUAAUUUGAAAGAGAAGAAGUCAAACUGUUCUGUCCUACAUCAAGCUAUCAUACAGCACUACACAGAGGCAGCUCUACUGUUGAUAGAAUCAGGGUGUAAUAUCAAUGCUGUCACAGCCAAGCUGCAGACCCCUCUGUAUACAGCUGCUGAAAAAGGUAAUGAAACAGUGACAGAGAAACUUGUCAGCAUGCCAAAAUGUCUCCUGAAUGGCACAAAGCAUUCAACUGUUCCACUUCAUGUUGCUGUCAUCAACAACCACUCCAAGGUAGCCAAGAUACUCAUUAAAGCUGGCUGUAACAUCAACCAGAUGAAUGAAAAGUGCAUGACCCCAAUUAUGGCUGCCACAGAAGAGAACAGUGUAGAUGUUGCUAUGGUGCUGCUCAGAUAUGGUUGCGAUCUCAAUGGACAAGCCAAAGUCCGCAAGGUGUUGCCCUGUUGUAUAGUGAGGGAGGACCCACAUCCACAUUUUGACCUCGAACCUCUGUUUCUGGCUUUGACCCACAAGAAUAUCAAACUGUUGAUGUUAUAUAUGAAAUUUUACUUUAAUAUCCCAUACAAACUCAUUAAGAUUUUGUCAGACAUCCUGAGGACAUCAAGGGACAUGAAUACUCAGUACACACCUGCUCAAAAGAAGGCAAUACUUGCUUUGUUUGAUCAGACCUUGAAACACCCAAGAAAACUACAGGAUAUCUCCCGAGCUAUGAUUAGGGAAAAGUUAGGGAGUAGACCUGAAGUCAAAGUGAAAAGUCUGACAUUAGCAAGCAAGUUAAAAGAUUAUGUUUUGAUGUACGACGUUUUAGGUGAAGAGGAAGAAGAGGAAGAGCCAUCACAAGAAGAGAGAGAGAGGGGGAGGUUUGGUUUAGUAGUGGACUAAGUCUGUGCAAUAGAUUAAUGACAAUCAGUGCAAUAGGUUAUUUGCUACUUACAUAGCAGAAUCUCUGUAUAAUGGUAAUGCUACAAUGUGCCGUUUUGUUGUUUAUAUUGAUUUCAUCUGUUCCCUUAUAUUCCUGUGUUUUCUAGGUUAAUCACUUACUUAGUUCAGUUGUUGUAACUCAUCUACACAGAAUCUAUUGUUGACCGUUCAAUUUCCAUAUCUGCUACAGACAUACAGGUUUGAUGGCAAACUUCUCAAGAUACUAUGAAGAGCAAUUAGAAAGGACAUACAAUGCUUGUGUUUGUCCUGCAAUAAGGCCAGGGAGCCAAAACCAUCCCUGACACAAAGUUGGAAGAUGAACUUAAGCACCCAAAGACAAUGUCAUAGCUUUUGUUGGUAAUUCUACUGAAACUGCAUCAGAUUAGAUUGAAGUUAAUGUAAGAAGAACACAUAGCUGAAAAAUAGAAGUAAUAGUUAUAUUUAUUGUCUGUUUCAUAAAAUUUGUGUAAAAAUAGAAAAGACAUUUGUUUUAUUUAUGAUUUUUGUUUCUUUUCCUUCUAGAUGUUGUCUUUCUUGAUACAUGUAUUGGAUUAUUUUUAAGUUACAUAGCUCUCAUGGAUGAUGUAAUAUAACAACUUCUUUAUUCAGAUAUUUACUCCAUCCAUCAUACACAUAAUCAGAAAUUUAUUGUUUGAGCUAUGAAAUAUAUACAAUAUAUGGAGGAUAUUUAAUUUUUCCUUUUUUAGUUAUUUUUUGCAAAAAUUAUGUUUGAACUAUUUACCUUGGUGCUAAUUGAUUAGAUUUAUUGUGUGAUGUGACAGUCAGUCUUCCUGUCUGCUUUACCAGUGUUUUUGGACUGCAGGAUUUGCAUAUAUCCUAACUUAAUGUAUUGUUUUCUUUGAUGAGUCUGAAAAUUUGACUGACAUAUGCUGAUAGACAAAUACCAAUAUAAUGCAAGCCACACAUGGAAUUAACUUCAAUUACCUGGUGAGCACAUUGUUUAAAUGCCUUUUUGGAGGAUGGUGCUAGCUCAGCUAUUUGUUUGUUAUCUGAUUAUAAAAAUAUAUACUGAAGGAUGAUUGUUUUGUCUGACAGAUGACUAACAGUGUGAUGUGUAAUAUUGAUGAUUAUUUAUAGUUCAUUUCUUUCAAGAAUUGAAAAUAUUUUUAGUUCACCCCUGUCCAAAAAAAAAGUGAACAUAUGCCAUAGUUUGUCGUCCAUUGUCCGCUGUCAGCUUUCCCUUUCAAAAACUUCUUCUCAAGAUCUGAAAGGUCUCUGACAUUGGACCUGCAGUAGCAUGCUGGGAUGGAGAGCUGCAAAGUCUGUUUAAAUGACUGAUCUUCACUUUCCUUCAUGGUCACAGGGCCAAAUAUAUUGAAAUUUUCAAAUAGCUUCUCCUGAAGAACUGAAAGGCCUAGGUAACUGACAUUUAGCCUGUAGUCGCAUGCUUUGAUAUAGGGCUACUAACUUUAUUACCUUGAUUUUUGUCAUCUUCAUAAGAGUCAAAUGUGUAAACAAUCAUCAAAACAACCCCCUCUCAAUAUUCAAGAGAUCCGAGGUACUGAUAUUGUGCCUGUGGCAAGAUGGGAUUGAGGGCUACCAAGUUUGUCCAGAUGUAUGACCUCCACCCACUUUUAAGGUCAAAUGUCUUAAGAUCUUUAAAUAAUUCUUACUAACCAAGAUACCAAGGGUACUGAUAUUGGACUUGUAGCAUGCUUUGAUGAGGGGUUCCCAUGUUUGUCCAAUAAGUGACCUUGACCUACAUUUAAUAUCCAACUUUGAAAAUUGUUUCUCAAUAACCAAGAAUCCUGGUAUCAUGAUAACGGGCCAGUAGAAUGGUGGGAUAAAGGGCUGCAAACUUUGUUUAAAAGAAUGACACUGACCCACUUUCUAAGUCACAGAGGUCAAACAUGUUAAGAAAUCCAUACUUUUUCUAUUCAAUAACAGAUAGACCAUGAGUCUUGGUAUUUGUGUAGUAGAAUGCUUUGGAAAUGGGUCUUCUUUGUAAGCUUCAGAACAGGUGAGGAGUUUCAUCCCCUUAGGCCUCUUGUUUGUUUUACUGAAAAUGUAUGUGUGAGAUUGACAGGUAAUCCUUAGACUAAUAUAGAUCAUAUGUGAAUCUUAUUUAUUUACAAAGUGUGUAUCGAAGUCAUAGAUUGCAAUAGUAAAUAACUAUGUGCCAAACUUUUUUUAAAAGUUCAAUAAAAGUGUUGACUGAAACCA